GAAGUGUCUGCGUGUGGGUCGCUGUUUUGACUGUGUGUUGGGAGCGCGAAAAUAAUUAGAGGAUCGCCCCGUUCAGUUCAAGAAUGGCACUCAAUAACGCUAUUGUACGCAACAAGACAAUCAUUCAAGAAAUUCUAUCGGCAGAUCCCCAAUUCAUACUUGGCAAGGUGAUAGAGAAAGAACUGAUAACUGGCCGCGAAUACACCAAACUAAACUCCAUCAAUAAGGGGGACGCAGAGGAUCUCGUUAUCAAGCUCGUGGACAUACUCAUUAACAAAGGAAGACAAUCCGAGUUCAUUGGGCUUCUGCAGGACGAGAAAGUCCUAGAAACGUAUCCAAAACUUGAAGACGUGGAAUGGGGAGACAUUGGGUCUACCGCCUCAUCGAGGAGUUUGAGUAUUGGACAUGGGGACAAGACGGUAGUAGAGCCAAGGAAAAAAACGGGAGGAAAUGGAGGCCAGAAAAGAAACAGAAGUGAAUCAGAAGAAGAAGUGACCACUAAGAAACCUUGCACGGUGGAGGGGUCAGGAAACCAUUUGGCUGGAUCUCAGGAGGUUAAAGCAUCGUUUAAAGUUUCCCCAACAGAGACGAAGGGCAGGACCUCUGAACUCAUCCUCAGCUCUGAGCAGUUCAAGACAGAGAAGCUGAAGGACAGAGACAACAUAUACGCCGUCAUGGCCCCAGCCAACAGGACGCGCAUGGCUCUGCUGAUCACCAACGUGCACUUUGACAAAGAGAAUGAUCGGGAUGGUGCUGAGAAAGACGAGGAGGAUAUGAGCAAACUGCUGAUCUCACUGGGAUACAACGUGGAGCGUCACAGAGACCUCAGCGGAGCGGAGAUGGACGAGGCCGUCAAAAGGUUUUCUAAAGACCCCCGUCUGGCCACGACAGACUCUGUCUUUGUGGUUAUCAUGUCCCAUGGGGUGAAGGGAGCCAUUGUAGGCGUCCAUCACUGCGAUGGAGUCCCCGACCAGUUCCCCAUUGACAAUAUCUACAAACACUUGGAUACGAUUCGUUGUCCAAAACUGAUCAACAAACCCAAAGUCAUCAUCAUCCAAGCCUGCAGAGGAGUGGAUGAUGGCUCUGCGAUAGUCUGCGAUGGGCCUGGGUCUGUCCCAGAGCAGGCCCCGGUAGUGCAGGUGGAUGCGGCCCUCCCACCUCACCUGGCAGAUGAAGUGGACGCAGACAUCGAGGAGGAUGCUAUUCACAGGGAGCACAAAGAAAAAGACAUGGUUUCACUUCUGUCCUGCACCGCCGACACGGUGUCGUAUAGACAUUCACAGAAAGGUUCUUUUUUAAUCCAACACCUUGUGGAGAUCUUCAAGCACCACGCACACGAGGACCACAUCGACGAACUCUUCAGAAAGGUCCUGAAGCGUUUUGAAGAUGAACCACCUUCAGCGAGUGUAAGACAGAUGGCUGUCAGAGACCGAUGCACCUUAACCAAACAUUUUUAUCUCUUCCCCCGCCCUAAGAAUCAGGCUCCACGAUGACCGAUGGGAAAUGGUUUCAACACUUUACAUCACUGUUGCGUAAAGUGGUGUCGGAAAAACGAACUGAAACCUUGAUCCCACAGUUAAUAUUGCUAAAGGUGCAGUCACAAUAAUGACCUAUUAGCAUAUGCUACACGUGAACCUCCUAAAAUGGCGCAAUUUGAUUGGUUCGCUAUCUCGGGAUAUUAGGCAAUAUCCCAUAAUUUAGAUCUCAAACUCGGGAUAUUGUAUUGCGUGCGUGAUGGUCAUCUCGUCACGCUAAUAAAAACAAAUAAACUGCUAAUAAUAAAUAAUACCUGAAAAAAGUAUUAUUAUUAUAUUUAGCGUAAAUUAAAUUAAUGUAGAGUGUUCACGUGUAGUAUAUUCACUAUUCGCUUCGCUUUCUGCGAAUAAUUGUUAAAUAUGAGUUUUUAUCUUACAGGAAAUCAAUUAACAUCCUAUACUUUCCCUCCAUUUAGAAUAAAACCAUUGUAUUACAUAGAUAAUCUUGAAAUAUAGUGAGAUUACUGUACUGACAGAGAAUCUUAUUUAAAUUCCGACGGUAAAUUCUGACCAAGUCAUUUGACUGGACAAGAGGCAUUCCAUGAGGGCUGAUAUAGAGUAUAACAGCACUGGGAUUUUAAACUAUAAAUGUAUCACUCCACUUUCAGGUGUUCUAACAACCGUUAAUGUUAUUAACGUCUUUAUGUAGCUUAGAUUGCUAGUGUGUUUAUGUGUUGCUGGGCACCAGUUCAGUCCCAGUCCAGUUGCGGAUCUAUUUGUGUUGGCGGAGCCAAAUAAAUCAUUAAAUAAACAGACAAAUCAUUAUCUGUUGCUGCUUAUUACUGUUAACUAAUAAAGGGUGCAUAUCAGAA